CAGCUGCAGCGGCAGCGCCUCCGGCACUUAUCUCUCCACGAAUACCUGGGCAUGAAGCUGCUGAAGGAAGCCGGCAUCCCUGUUCCCUAUGGCUUGGUCGCGAGAACCCCGGAGGAAGCCUACAAGGUGGCAAGAAAGAUCGGGACCAAUGACCUUGUGGUCAAGGCCCAGGUUUUAGCCGGUGGCCGGGAAAAGGGGAUCUUCGAAGGGGGCCUGAAGGGAGGCGUGCAGAUGGUGUGUUCUCCCGAGGAGGCCAGGCGGAUCUGCAACCAGGUCCUGGUCUGUGAGCGCAGGUACCUGAGGAAGGAGUACUACUUUGCCAUCACCAUGGAGAGGGCCUUCCAGGGGCCGGUGCUCAUCGGCAGUUCUCAUGGGGGGCUCAGAAUCGAAGAUGUUGCUGCCGAGCACCCGGACACCAUCCUGAAGGAGCCCGUGGAUAUCCUGGAGGGUCUCCAAAAGAAGCAGGCUCUUCAGCUGGCCCAGAAAAUGGGGUUUCCUUCGCAGGUGGCUGAAGAAGCAGCCAACAACAUGGUCAAGAUCUACAACUUCUUUAUUAAAUACGAUGCUGUCAUGGUGGAGAUUAACCCCAUGGUGGAAGAUUCCACAGGGAGGGUGAUGUGCAUGGACGCAAAGAUCAUUUUUGACAGCAAUUCGGCUUUCCGUCAGCAGAAGGUAUUUGAGCUGCAGGAUUGGACCCAAAUGGACGAGAAGGAGAGAGAGGCAGCCAAUGCAGAACUCAACUAUAUCGCUUUGGACGGGAACAUCGGUUGCCUGGUGAACGGGGCCGGCCUGGCCAUGGCCACCAUGGACAUCAUUAAGCUCCACGGGGGCACCCCGGCAAACUAUCUCAAUGUCGGUGGGGGCGCCACAGUGGAACAAGUAACGGAGGCCUUCAAACUGAUAACCUCCAAUGAAAAUGUCCAGGCUAUCCUGGUCAAUAUUUUUGGAGGCCUCAUGAGAUGCGAUGUCAUUGCGCACGGGAUCAUUAUGUCUGCCAAGGACUUGGAGCUCAAAAUACCAAUUGUGGUCCGGCUACAGGGAACCCGAGUGGCCGACGCAAAAGUUCUCAUUGCCGAGAGCGGCUUGAAGAUCCUGGCCUGCGACGACUUGGAUAAGGCAGCAAAAAUGGCUGUCAAGCUCUCCGAAAUCAUGAGUUUAGCAAAAGAGUUGCAAAUCGAUGUUAAGUUUCAUUUGCCCUCCUGA